UACUCAAUCUCUCACUUUACACCACCAGAUGCGCUUUCCCAAAUUCCCUCCAACGCCUGAGCUCCAGAAAUUAUGUGCAUUACUGCGUUCUGCUUUUCCACCACUUCAGAUCAACAGUAGUUUGAAGGAUCGUGUUUAAAAUUCACAGUCACCACCUGAGAAAGAAGUCAAACAAACAAGCGUUUGAUAACAGAGGAAACAUCACCGGCGCAGUGCGUGUUGUAAGCGGAGAUGAUGAAGAGAUGAAAAGGAUAUCAACUCAAUUUUAGCAACACUGCAAAAGUGCACAAACCCAUCGGGAUGCUUUUACAAUUACAGGUUAUCACAUUCCUCAGUGUUCCUAAUGGAGAAUGAGACGUCAGCAGCGUCGGGCUAUAUCCCACACUAUCUUCUUCGAGGGGAUCCCUUUGCCUCCAAGCUUUCCAAGGAAGCGGACAUAGUGGCUGCAUUCUACAUCCUCGUCAUUGGUAUCUUGUCAGCCACCGGAAAUGGUUACGUCAUCUAUAAGACCAUCAAACGGAAGACCAAGUUAAAGCCGCCAGAGUUCAUGAAACUGAAUCUCGCUUUGUUCGACUUUGGCAUAUCAGUCACUGGAAAGCCAUUUUUUGUGGUGUCUAGUUUUUCUCACCGUUGGCUCUUCGGCUGGGUAGGCUGCCGCUUCUACGGUUGGGCUGGCUUUUUCUUUGGUUGUGGAAGUCUCAUCACAAUGACAAUCGUCAGCUUAGACCGCUACUUGAAAAUCUGUCAUUUAAGAUAUGGUAUAUGGUUCAAGCGCCGCCACGCUAUUCUCUAUGUGGCGUUCACCUGGAUCUACGCUAUAUUCUGGGCCACCAUGCCUCUGGUGGGCUGGGGGAAUUAUGCACCCGAGCCGUUUGGCACCUCCUGCACUUUGGAUUGGUGGCUGGCCCAGGCCUCUGUGCCUGGUCAGAGCUUUGUUAUGUGCAUGCUUAUCUUCUGUCUGGUCCUCCCCACCGCCAUUAUCGUCUUUUCUUACAUCAUGAUCAUCUUCAAGGUGAAGUCCUCGGCUAAAGAAGUCUCUCAUUUCGACACACGGAAUAAGCACAACCACAACCUGGAGAUGAAAUUGACUAAGGUGGCGAUGUUGAUCUGUGCAGGAUUUUUAAUAGCUUGGAUCCCUUAUGCUGUAGUAUCGGUGGUGUCUGCUUUUGGAGAACCUGAUUCUGUACCUAUUUCAGUCUCGGUUGUACCGACUCUGCUGGCCAAGUCCUCUGCAGUGUACAAUCCAAUCAUCUAUCAAGUCAUAGACUGCAAGAAGAACUGCACAAAUUCUCUCUGCUUUCAAUCUUUGAAUAAAAAAAGGAAACGGUACAGGACCCCAAGGCUUUACUCCAUCUCUGCAUCCCUGAAGGAGAGGGCACUCCAUGAAGUUCAGAUUGAACCAUGAGGAGAUGACCCACAACAGACCUGUGAUAGGACACUGGGCACAUUCAUUAACAUUCUGCCAUUUACACACAUGCACGCAGUGCUGACUGAACUGUGCGAAACAGUGUGUAUAGAAAAAUUAAGAGAUAAAGAUGUGUAUUUUUAUAAUUCUAUGGUUAUUUGUAUCGUCUCUAAAGCACUUCACAGAAAAGUCCACAUAUUAACAGCACCACAAAUCAACAGAGGAUCUGCUUUACAUGGCUAAUGUGACAUCACAAAUCGUUAGUUGCACAAGAUGGCGCCGGUGAGCUUUUGGGAUGCCAGGGUCGGCAGUCGUAUAAUAUUGUAUGGGAAAAGGAGGACUUUUGGCUGGCAAAUAUGGGUGUUUUUUAGGUAAAAAAGAACAAAUAUAUCAGCGAUAUUACAGAUCCUCUUUCCAUUGCUGAGCACUUCGUUAACCAAAACAACUUGAUAGUGUUAUACGACCGGAAAUUAGUUUGCCGACCCUGGCAUCGCAAAAGCUCACCGGCGCCAUCUUUGCAAAUAGCCCUUGUAAAACAAACGCUAGUGUCUGUUCAGUAUACAUGUCUUGUUUGGUAUUUGUACACUCGGUAAACAUCAUUUAAACAGUACAUAACUAGGGAUUUUUAAGGUCCUACUUUGGUUUAUGGAGUGUCCAACAACAAGUUUAUGUACAUAAUAGUGUUUUUACACCUUCUAUUUCGUAGUAAUAGGCAGUUAUUCUAUAGUUCUAUAGUUCAGUUAUUCUCAUUACCUUACUUCUUGACUGACUCUCAAAUGAUGUUCCGCAAUUCAUCUGUCUAAUCCCCUCCUUUCCGCUAGCCUAAUCUGCUGUGAUUGGUUUACCACGAAUGAGGCUCACGAGCUACAGUGUUUGGGGGAGAAGAGUGAAGUUUUCGCGGGCAGUCCUAGUAGAACGUAGGUGGGGACUAUAUGUAGUGACAUAAAUCCGCGGCGGUUCGCAAAUCGGACUAGGGACGACUCGUUUGCGUGAUUCAGAGUCGACUCCCUUUUUUCCAAGCCAAUAACUUUGUUAUUAAUUCACCUUCGUAUUUACAACUUGGCAGACUGCUUACUUUCAAACACGGCAACAUUACACACUGCAUGAAAUGUGAUUUUCAUGAUCUCAUGUUAUGUACUCUUUAAACUGGCCACGCACAUUUACAGAUGAACAACUAAGUGUGUGCUUUUUGUGUUACAAUAAAUACAAUUACAACAAAAAAUAACAGCAAUGAAUACUAUUGAAUUUCUUUUGCAUUAUAAAACAGUUCAGAAUGGAGAAGCUGGGUCAUGUGCAAUGAGUAUAGAUAUUUCAAAAAUGAUCCAUGACACGUGUCUCCCAAAUUCAGUCUGAAGAUUUUUUGCUACGUUCGAAACAUUUAACUCAUUUUAAAACCUACAAUUUCAGAGAAUCCGAUGGGAUUUAUUUCUAUUAAACAUAACGGCCCUUAUUUAUUUCAAGCCACAUAAAACCAGACAAUCCAUGUAAUCUUAAAUGUUGAAGUAGGACAUGUACAGUACAGUUGGUACAGAUAAGUUGUUAUUGCAAAUUGCAAGAUUGCAAUUAAAAGUUUUCCAAAAACAUAUUACAGAGAUCUGAGAGAUGUUUCUCAGAAUGCAACUAAUGGAUGAUCAAAUAGAUACUGAAGCAAGCAAUAUGUCUAGAAUACUAAGACAAGGUGCAGGGUAAGUUUUCUUUAAAAUAACCAAGAGACUCACUUAUCUCAGCAAAUUGGAUUUCCAAAGGCUUAUAAUGAACUCGUACUCUAUCAAGAUUCAAAACACUCCGAGUAUUAGACUGAUAAAUGCUAGAAUAAACUUGCUAUUUAAAAUGCAUAUCUUGACCCAUGUGUCAACAUACAUUAGUUUGAUUAGUUUGCGAUCUGUAUUAUACCAGUCACUUAAAAUCCCCUGCUCUUAGAUUCCCCCUCCAGUUUUUUAGCAGUUUGGUCCAGCGCCCUCAUCCUUUCUCCUCUGCCGUCAUGCUGUUGUGACAGUGACCUGACGUAAUCUGUAAAGCAAAAUGUCCUCUAGUCGCAGGAAGUGAGAAUGCACUGGAUGCCUCAUUUCCUGUCUUCUGUGUGCCAUUAUGCAGUUAACCGCCAGCAUGAGCUUGAAUUCAGUUUUCAUGUGAUAUCCAUAGGAACGCCCCUGGAGGGUAAAACAAUGUUUUCGCCAAAAAGACGAGAGGUUUGUUUAGAAGAAGUACUGUAAAGAUGUUGUUUACUUGACUUUGAAAAUAAUUUUGAUUUGAAUUGUUAUAAAAUUUUGUUUUAACCAAAAUAAAGUCGAUCUUACAUUAAGUGGAAAAAUAGUUUUGCUGCCUUUAAAAGCACAGUGAAAAUGGCUUUACAAGUCAUUUCAACUUAAUACUUUAAAUUUCUGAGUUGCUGAAACCAAAAUAGUAGAAAUUGCUUAAUUUCCAUAGAUGAUACAAAAGUAAUACAACAUUUUUUAAAUGACUUGAAAAGCCAGUUAGAUUGAACUUGAAAAUGUAAUCCAGCAAUUUUAUUUACCGUUUUUUCCCUCACCUUUAGUUUGACUCACAGUUUGAGAAAGACUUCAUUGCCAUUGAAAACACUUAUAACUGUUUGUACUUUUGAACCCUUUUCAACCUGGCAGCAGUGUAAGAAUCACCCAGGUGCAGUUCUGGCAUGGCUGUUUUAAUAAUCGAAACACUUAAACACAUACUUUAUAAAGAUCGCGUGUCCAAAACUCGCAGUGUGUUUACAUAUCUUUGUUUUACUAUGUGAUCUAAAUAUUUUUGGCUUUGGAAAACUGGCAGGCUAUGCUGCUCCAGAGUGUCUGUUGACUAUGUUUUGGCCUCCUGGUCUCCCUGUCAGUCUUGUGAUUAAAGCUAUAAAUAAAUUAUAUUUAUUUAUAGCUUUAGAAUUCUCCCCUUUAUUUAUAGCUUAUGUACUAUUUAUGGCUUUGUUAUUGCGCUAAAGGUUAUCCUAAUAGCUAACUCAAUUUUCUUAUGGUGCAUUUAGCUUUAAAAAGCCAUUGAAUUAAUCACAAAAUAAAAUUCAACAAUUCAAUGUACUUUUGCAAAACAUUGCUGCCUUGUUGUGUCCAUUUGGAGAUUCCAGUUCAGUUUUCUAUAAGAUACAUGACAUACAUUACAGGUACUUUAGCAAUUAUGUUAAACAUUCUAGGUAACAUUUCACGUGUUGAGUCACAAAGCUUGAGAAGCUUUUGUUUUCUCAGUAUACGUCCCACAUUUACUUAGGCUAGCUACUUAUCAUACAGUAAAAUGUAUGUUUAAAUAAAAAAAGACCAAUAAAUUUAAUUGAAAGAGUUGAGUAAUCAUGUCAUAAUUAAUUGCUGUAAUUGUGGAUUCAUUUGUAUGUUCUGUGUACUCAAGUAAACAAGUGUGAUGUCAAUAUGCCAUCUACAUUAAAAGUGGAUAAUGGUUUAAAAUCUAGCACUCAUACUUCAUUCAUUGUGAACAAUUUGUGGAAAUGAGUUUGAUAUUGAAAACUAACUGUUGUUGAUACUCCCAGUCUUAUAUGGCCUGGCUAUAAAUAACAUGAAAUGUACUUUUUGUAUUUUGUAAAUGUCCUUCAUUCAGCCUGUAGGUGAAAGCGAAAUACUGCCUCACCUGGGAUAAACAAUAGAAUGACAUGAAGAAUUUGCCGACAUCAAGCAUGAAAUGUAUUUAAAGAAAACGUUGAAGAACUCAAGGACAUUUUGGGAUCCGUCCAAAAAAAAGAAGCUAAGAGGAGUAAUCCCUGGUGAGAUACAGUAGCUGGCCUUGGAGGAAUGUGCCCUGAAGACAUUACACAAGUCUUGAGCCUAAAGCCUCACUAGCUAUCAGCUAGUUAGCUUCACUGUAAAAACAGUUGAGUCAACUUAAAAUAAUAAUAACAAGGCAACCUAUCACAAGCACGGUUUUGAGUUAACUCAACAAACAGAGACUAAAAAAAAAUAUGUUUGAGUCAUCAGUUGUCACAACAUAGUAAAAUGUACCUAAUGAACAACAGAACAAAAUAUUUUUUUGUUGGCUGAACAUAAAUAGAG